GUACAUUAUCAUAGUUUCUUGCAAACAAUAACUCGGUACCCAGCUAAAGAUGCGUUCUCUGUUGCUGUUGCUGGCGCUGAGCGCCGCGCUAACGCAAGGCUACGUCUACGAGCGCUGCGAGCUCGCCAGAGUCCUCUACAGAGACUAUAACUUCUCGCGCGCUAACCUCGGCGACUGGGUUUGCCUCGUGCAAUGGGAGAGCAGCUACAACACCAGGGCCACCAACACCAACACCGACCACAGCGUCGACUACGGUCUCUUCAUGAUUAACGACUACUAUUGGUGCUACUCCAGUUCCCCCUACGCCGACUGCAACGUUGCUUGCUCGGCUUUAAUCAACGACGACAUUGACGACGAUGUGUCGUGCGCCGUGCUCAUUCAGUCCCGUCAGGGCUUCGCUGCGUGGUAUGGCUGGCAGAACCACUGCAAGGGACACGACGUCGAGUCUUACGUCUCCGACUGUAAUCUCUAAAUUACGGUCGCCAUACCUUCAGUGAGCUUCUACAUCAGAUAUAAUUAUUAACAGAAAUGUUUUUCUUCAAUAAAUAGUACGUGGUGAUUUAGAAUUCGAAGAUAUAUGAUUUGAGAAAUUGUAUCACUUUAGAAUAAAACGUGGUCAUCUCAACUCCAGCCAUAUUUUAUUUAAAAAUUAAUGCCAACUUGAAAUUCGUGCGUCGCAUAGCCAUCUCUGGGUUUGUGAUUUCCAUUUAAAGAUUCUUAAAUAAAAAAAAUACAUAAACCUGGAGCUCUUCCGCCGGAUUGGUUUGAGUAGUUCUAUUAUCAUUUCCAAUUAAAAAAUGACAUCCGAA